AUGGAGCCCCUCAGGGCCCCUCAGGAUCCACAAGUUAGCACCACCUUGUCUGGGGUAGACACCAAACCUCCCCCUACUUCUGGAGCCCCAGUGGAGGGCUUGAACCCAAGUCCAGCUGCCUCAGCACCUGACCAGAAGAUGCCCCUGACAACGGGAUUGUUGCCAGGGGAGACAGUUGUCCAGGGAGGGCAAGGCAGCCAUAUUGUUCCCAGUGCCAACGAGGUGUUUUACAACCCUGUGCAGGAGUUCAACAGAGAUUUGACGUGUGCGGUGGUUACAGAGUUUGCCCGGGAGCAGAUGGCCCGGAGGAGGGUGAAGGUGGUAGUGCCAGGGGAGAAGGAGAGGGUGGUGGUCAAUCUAGCUGACGAGAAGAAAGAGGAGACAGAGAUGCAGACAGGGGAGGAAGGAGGAGAGGAGCCAGUCGUAACUGCUUCAGUGGGGGAGCGCUGUAAGAAUGGUCUGCGUGUGUUGGAGGGUCUGGCAGCGUCUGGCCUACGCUCUGUGAGGUUUGCUCUGGAGGUGCCUGGUCUACGUAGCGUCACGGCCAACGACUUCUCAGCCAAGGCUGCUGCCCUCAUCGCCCGCAAUGCCCAGCACAACGGAGUCACACACCUACUGCAGGCCAGCCAGAGAGAUGCCAGCAUGCUGAUGUAUGAGAUGCGGGGGAAGAAGGACCGCUAUGAUGUCAUAGACCUGGACCCCUACGGAAGCCCCGCCCCUUUCCUGGAUGCCGCCGUCCAGGCUGUCGGUGAAGGAGGUCUGUUGUGUGUGACGUGUACUGACAUGGCUGUGAUGGCUGGUAACAGUGGGGAGACCUGCUACAGCAAAUACGGCUCUGUCUCCAUCAAAGCCAAGUACUGUCAUGAGAUGGCUCUGCGUAUCAUCCUACACAGUCUGGACCAGAGAGCUGGUGUGUACCAACGGUACAUCCACCCCCUGCUCUGUGUCAGUGUGGACUUCUACAUACGAGUGUUUGUCAGGGUACACACUGGACAGGCCGUGGUCAAAAACUCAGCAAGUAAACAAGCGUUGGUGUAUAACUGUGUUGGCUGUGGCUCGUUCCACUUACAACGACUGGGCAAGAGGACGACUCAGGGAAACCAUAUAAAGUACUCUGCAGCCACUGGACCGCCGGUUGGAGCAGAGUGUGAACACUGUGGACACAGACACCAGCUGGGUGGUCCUAUCUGGGGUGAGGCCCUCCAUGACGUGAGCUUCGUUCAGAAGGUUCUGUCUGCCGUGUCUGGGAACCCGUCCCGCUUUGGAACCGCCCGUCGCAUAGAGGGCAUGCUCAGCAUGGUCACAGAGGAGCUGGAGGAUGUGCCUCUAUACUACACAGUGGACAACCUGAGCAGCACUGUACACUGCAGCACUCCCCCUCUGCUCCAAUUCAGGUCGGCUCUGCUACAUGCAGGCCACAGGGUGUCCUUGUCUCAUGCCUGUAAGAAUGCUCUAAAGACGGACGCUCCUCCCAGGGUCCUCUGGGACGUCAUGCGAUGCUGGGAAAAGUCCAAUCCAGUGAAGAGAGACAGACUGUCAGAGAGCAGCCCUGCUCACCACAUCCUCAAUACUGAACCCAUGUAAGUCUGGGACUGAACCAACUGCCUGGGAGAUGAAGAUGCCAGUACAGUUUAACAUAGAGGUGGUAUAAUGUAGUGAUGAAUAAGAUUAUGGAUAUUAGGAAAAGGUAUGUC